AUGCGGCGGGCGGACACCGCCUCACGCCCGCCCAAUAGGAGCCCGGACCGCGGCCUCCGGCCCCGCCCAGCUGCUUCCCCGCCCCCCCAGCUGAAGAAGAAAAGCAAACGCCAUCGCUCUACCACAAAAUGGCGGCUGUGCCGCACCCGCCUCCGGCACAGACCCUGCCGCUCCGAGCGGAACGGAGCGGCGACAACGCCGGCCAGGGUCCCGCGGGCCGACCGGGCACACAGAACAAGCGCCCCGCACCGCACAAGCUCCGUUUCCCCCGCGCUCCGCUCUGCGGGGAAGCCCCCGGAGCUUUUACAAACCUGGGCUGUGGGUCUCGGAGCAGGCCGAGCCGGACGGUUGCGCGGUGCGGCGCGGCAGACGAUCGGCGGAUCAGUCGGGCAGAUACGUCCACCCCGGGCGACAGACGACUCCGAGUGCUGCGCAACACCGGCGCUGCGCCGCGAAAUGGAGGCGGCCCCGCGCGUCAGCGCCGCCCCGCGCGGCCAUUGGCGGAGGCGGCGGCCACGCCCCUCCCCGGGGAAUCCAGGUGGCUGCAGUAAAGGCAAGAGAUUAUCCCAAGGGGUAUUUGAAAUGAAGAAGACAUCUGGAAGUUGAAGAUACACCCACUAGUUUUCCAGUACAGACAGAGGCUGCAGCUCUGUGACCCUCUUUGCCAGAUCUGUGCAGUGCUGGAUCAGUUGACUUUACACAAAAAGCCAGCAGGCUUACAGCUGCACCAGUCUGCCUCUUUUGAUGCAUUUUGAUAAUUACAGUAUGAUCCUU